AUGCCUCGACGACCACCUCCAACGGCUCUUCGCCUGGUACCUGGUCCAGCACCCCCGCGAAAUGCGCCCAAACAUACACUCCCGGCCGUGCCGCGACCCACGUUUUACCCGCCUCAUUCAGUGGGCAAGGGACCUAGUCCGCCUGCGAGGGGCCUGCAUUGCCUGCCUGUCGCGUCAAAUUACUCAAAUUCAAGUCCGUCGAGUGUAGCACGGCAGUCAGGAUCUGUCAAAGUUCGGCGGGGCCCUUGGGAUCACUCAGGGAGUGUUCGUGUUCCCAUUGACGUAGAUCAUCUGUUACCCCUACCGAAACCAGUAGCAAUAGGCGCCAGCAGACAGUAG